AUGGCCGCCUCGACGGCCUCGCACCGGCCCAUCAAGGGCAUCCUGAAGAACAAGAGCUCCACGACGUCCACGGUGGUGGGCGCGGCCGAGCAGCCCGACCCCCGGGGCGUCCCGGAAGAGCUGAGCAAGACCGCCCUGGAGGCGAGGACCGUGCUGGCGCCCUUCCCGGCCGCCGACCCCGACUACGGUUUGCUGCACGUCCCCCAGCCGGGCAGCCCCGACCACCGCCGGGCGGGCCGGGCCGAGGACGCGGCCAGCGACUCGGACGCCAGCGACGCGGGCACCCCGGCGCUGCUGGCCAAGAAACUGGCCGCGGCCAAGGGCUCGGAGAUCAAGUUUCGAGUCCAGGAGCUGGAGAGCAGCGGCGACGAGGACAACGACCUGUCCCCCGAGGAACGGGAGAAGAAGCGGCAGUUUGAGAUUAAAAGGAAGCUGCACUACAACGAAGGGCUGAAUAUCAAGCUCGCGAGGGAGCUCAUUUCCAAAGACCUGAACGAGGACGAGCGGGAGGAGGAGCAGCGGGAGGAGGGGGAGCAGGCGGCGGCGGCGCGGGGGCGAGGGGGGCAAGGGGUAGAGCAGACAUCCCCAGGGAAGGCGAGCCCCCAAGAAUCAAGUCCAGGAUCCACAGUAAGCGACCAACCGAAACCCAAAUCGCAAAGUUCGUAG